AUGUCGUUGUUCGGUCCUGCAAUUCAACGUGUCCAGACAGAGACAGAAGCUUUUUGGUACCUAAACCUAACUUCAGAACAACAAUCAGCCUACGACAGACUUCUGGGGCACCUCAAGGAGGCCGGGGCGUUGCACAAAGGUCAUGACGACUGCUACACGCUGCUGCGGUUCCUAAAAGCGAGGCAAUGGGAUGUCCAACGGGCCGCAACCAUGUACCAAAAUAUGGUUAAAUGGCGGACUGAUCAGCGCACCGAUCACUUGUAUGAGACCUUCACUUUCCCAGAGCGCGAGCAAGUCCUUCGGCAUUAUCCGCAUUUUUAUCACAAGAUCGACAAGUACGGCAGGCCAGUCUACAUUGAGCUGCUCGGCCAAACGGAUCCAGCCAAGAUUUUGGAAGCCACCACCCUGGACCGCCUCAUGCACUACCACAUCUGCGACUGGGAGAAUCUGAUGCGGAGAGUACUGCCGGCCUGCUCCGUACUGGCGGGUCGGCCCAUCAUUACUAAGUCCGUUAUUUUGGACUUCAAGGGCAUGUCCAUGAAGACCUUUGGAACGGCGGCCCAGAAGAUUCUGAAGACGGUGGCAGCUAUUGACCAGGACUACUAUUGCGAGUCCCUAGGUCAGAUGUUCAUCAUCAACACCCCCACCGUGUUCCGCCUCAUUUGGGCGGUGGUAAACCCGCUGCUGGAGGAGCGCACCCGCCGCAAGAUCGUCAUCCUGGGCUCCGACUACCUGCCCACGGUCAGCCAGCUCAUACCUGUGGAGAGCUUGCCCACAUGUCUGGGAGGCCUGAGUGAGGUGCCGGUGAGCAGGAGGGGGAUGGAUGGAAGGGAGGGAGGGAAGGGUAGGGAUUGGGUUUUUUUGUAA